CCUGGGCCCGCCUCCGUCAGCCCGGCCCUUCCCACUGGUUCUUCAGAGUUCUACAGUCAGACUGUGGCAUCUGGCAGCGCGGAGCGCUCAGUUUCUGCAACCUCGGGGACGCAGCUUGCGCGCCGCCGGCACACCCCUACUUUCUUACCCCCGGCGCCGCUGCCUCAGCUCCGCUCGCCUUCGCGCUGCCCUGCCCUCUGCUACACGCCCUCAGGGACAUGGCACAAGCUCAGGCACACUGCUCUAGCGCUCGGGGCUCCGGAGACGGCGAGAUGGGCAAACCCAGGAAGGUGGCUCUCAUCACUGGCAUCACGGGCCAGGAUGGUUCGUACUUGGCUGAGUUCCUGUUGGAGAAAGGCUAUGAGGUUCAUGGAAUUUUACGGAGAUCCAGUUCAUUCAAUACUGGCCGAAUUGAACAUCUGUAUAAGAACCCCCAGGCUCAUACUGAAGGAAAUAUGAAAUUGCACUAUGGUGAUCUCACUGACAGUACCUGCCUUGUGAAGAUCAUUAAUGAAGUUAAGCCUACAGAGAUCUACAAUCUUGGAGCCCAGAGCCAUGUCAAAAUUUCUUUUGACUUGGCUGAAUAUACUGCAGACGUUGAUGGAGUUGGCACUUUACGGCUUCUGGAUGCAGUUAAGACCUGUGGCCUUAUCAACUCUGUGAAGUUCUAUCAAGCUUCAACAAGUGAACUUUAUGGGAAAGUGCAAGAAAUACCCCAGAAGGAGACAACUCCUUUUUAUCCUCGGUCACCAUACGGGGCAGCCAAACUGUAUGCCUACUGGAUUGUGGUGAAUUUCCGUGAGGCAUAUAAUCUCUUUGCAGUGAAUGGUAUUCUCUUCAAUCACGAGAGUCCUAGAAGAGGAGCUAAUUUUGUUACUCGAAAAAUUAGUCGGUCAGUAGCUAAGAUUUACCUUGGACAACUGGAAUGUUUUAGCUUGGGAAAUCUGGAUGCCAAACGAGAUUGGGGCCACGCCAAGGAUUAUGUAGAGGCUAUGUGGCUGAUGUUGCAGAAGGAGGAGCCAGAGGAUUUUGUCAUAGCUACUGGAGAAGUCCACAGUGUCCGGGAGUUUGUAGAGAAGUCAUUUUUGCACAUUGGAAAAACCAUUGUGUGGGAAGGAAAAAAUGAAAACGAAGUGGGCAGAUGUAAAGAGACCGGCAAAGUUCACGUGACUGUGGAUCUUAAAUACUACCGACCAACUGAAGUGGACUUUCUGCAAGGAGACUGCACCAAAGCGAAACAGAAGCUGAAUUGGAAGCCCCGGGUCGCUUUUGAUGAGCUGGUACGGGAGAUGGUGGACGCCGAUGUGGAGCUCAUGAGGAACAACCCCAACGCCUGAGAGCGGCUGCCCGGCCCGGACCCGCCCGGCUGGCCUUCGUCCGGGUGGAACCAACGCAGGCCGGGUCGCAGGAGUCGUCCUGGAGGGCCGGGGGUGAGCUGUGCGCCCUUCUGACGGUUGCUGGAGACCCCCGCUGCCACUAUGCGGUGGUCCCACCAGCAAGACUGGUUUGCAGCAGCCGGGAGGGAAGUGGCACUCCCGGUUCAGCCCACUUUUUUUUUUUUUGUCUAGGCCUCUUCUGAAUGGUUUUAUGAAAUCAACUAGAUGUUUUAAUCACAUGUUCUCUUUACUCGAAAUUAUGUCAUUAGACAGCUGAAAUCGUGAGGCUUCCAAAUGGUUUUUCUUUUUUCUUAUUAAAAAUGGCCUUUCUAUGAA